CCAAGCUACAGCUAGUCUUCCACAAACAUAACAGCAACAACAUCCAUAGUAGCGGAUAGAUGAUUCCUAUAGGAACUCUCACUCCCUCACUUCUCACUUUUGCUGUCCUGUAUGCUUUCUUGACCCUCCCAUUAAUUCCGUCACUAAGUAGCACCGCACUCGAUGAUGAAUCCAACAAGGAUCUCCAGGCCCUCCUUUGUCUCAAGUCUCGUCUCUCUAACAAUGCAAGAUCCCUAGCCUCAUGGAACGAGUCUCUCCAAUUUUGCACUUGGCCCGGUAUCACCUGCGGAAAGAGACAUGAAUCUCGUGUCACAGCACUGCACCUAGAGUCCUUAGACCUCAAUGGCCAUUUACCCCCCUGUAUUGGCAAUCUCACUUUCCUCACACGAAUUCACCUAUCGAAUAAUAGGUUGAAUGGUGAGAUCCCAAUUGAAGUAGGCCACCUACGCCGUCUAGUUUACAUAAACCUUUCUUCAAACAAUCUUACUGGUGUGAUACCAAACUCUCUAUCUUCUUGCUCUAGCCUUGAAAUACUUAAUCUUGGGAACAACUUCCUCCAAGGGGAGAUACCCCUUGGUCUGAGCAACUGUUCAAAUCUCAAAAGAAUCGUCCUCCAUGAAAACAUGCUUCACGGUGGCAUUCCUGAUGGGUUCACCGCGCUCGACAAACUUUCGGUUUUGUUUGCCCAUAGCAACAACUUGUCAGGUAACAUUCCUCAUUCACUUGGAAGCGUCUCGUCACUCACCUAUGUCGUUCUCGCAAACAAUAGUCUUACUGGAGGUAUACCCCCUGUGCUAGCAAAUUGUUCAUCACUUCAGUGGCUUGACUUAAGGAAGAAUCACAUCGGUGGAGAGAUACCACCCGCUCUAUUCAAUAGCUCCUCACUACAGGCCAUAAAUUUGGCAGAAAACAACUUUUUUGGGUCCAUUCCACCUUUGUCAGACCUCUCAUCAAUUCAAUUUCUUUAUCUGUCCUACAAUAAUCUCUCAGGUAGCAUACCAUCUUCUCUAGGCAACUCCACUUCACUUUACUCACUUCUGCUUGCAUGGAAUGAAUUGCAAGGAAGUAUUCCAUCGAGUUUAAGUAGAAUUCCGUACUUAGAAGAACUGGAAUUCACUGGGAACAACUUGACAGGAACAGUUCCACUCCCUCUCUACAAUAUGUCAACACUCACAUUCCUUGGCAUGGCAGAAAAUAAUCUGAUAGGAGAAUUACCACAAAAUAUUGGGUAUACUCUUAAAAGCAUCGAAAUGUUCAUUCUGCAAGGAAACAAAUUCCAUGGUCAAAUUCCCAAAUCAUUGGCCAAAGCAACAAAUCUUCAAUUGAUUAAUCUCAGAGAAAAUGCAUUCAAAGGUAUUAUUCCUUAUUUUGGGUCCUUACCCAACUUGACCAUUCUCGAUCUAGGUAAGAACCAGCUUGAAGCUGGAGAUUGGACUUUCCUCCCAGCAUUAGCACAUACACAGCUGGCCGAAUUAUAUUUAGAUGCAAAUAACCUUCAAGGAAGCCUGCCAAGUUCCACUGGUGAUCUUCCACAAAGCAUGAAAAUAUUAGUUUUGACAUCCAAUUUCAUCUCUGGCACCAUACCACAGGAGAUAGAACAACUCAGAAACCUCGUACUGCUUCAAAUUGACCAUAAUUUGCUGACAGGCAACCUUCCUGACUCACUUGGAAAUCUUUCAAACUUACUCAUUCUAAGCUUAGCACAAAACAGUUUUUAUGGGAAAAUCCCACUUUCAAUUGGUAAACUAAAUCAGUUAACUGAGCUUUACCUGCAAGAUAACUCUUUCAGUGGACUCAUCCCCAAGGCCUUAGGACAAUGCCAAAAACUAGAUAUACUAAAUCUUUCUUGUAACUCCUUGGAAGGAACAAUACCAAAGGAAUUAUUUACUAUUUCCACACUUUCUGAAGGUCUGGACCUCUCACACAACAGACUCUCUGGACCUAUACCAGUGGAAGUUGGUAGUUUGAUUAAUCUUGGCCCCCUCAAUAUUUCAAACAACAAAUUGUCAGGAGAAAUUCCCUCAGCUCUAGGUGAUUGUGUCCGUCUUGAGUAUCUCAACAUGGAGGGGAAUGUUCUUAAUGGGCAAAUUCCUAAAUCUUUUUCUGCACUGAGAGGCAUCAUUCAGAUGGAUCUUUCUCGGAACAACUUAUCUGGUCAAAUUCCAGAGUUUUUUGAGACUCUGAGCUCUAUGGUGCUUCUUAAUUUGUCAUUCAACAACCUAGAGGGACCCAUACCAUCCAAUGGGAUCUUCCAAAAUGCAAGCAAGGUUUUUCUCCAAGGGAACAAGGAGUUGUGUGCCAUCUCACCACUACUGAAAUUGCCACUUUGUCAGAUAUCUGCUUCUAAAAACAACCACACUUCCUAUAUUGCAAAGGUAGUAGGGCUCAGCGUUUUCUGUUUGGUAUUUUUGUCAUGUUUAGCAGUGUUUUUUCUGAAGAGAAAAAAAGCUAAAAAUCCAACAGACCCAUCAUAUAAGAAAUUGGAGAAACUCACAUAUGCUGAUUUAGUCAAAGUAACGAACAACUUUUCUCCAACCAACUUAAUUGGUUCGGGGAAAUAUGGAUCAGUAUAUGUUGGUAAAUUUGACGCCGAAGCACAUGCAGUUGCUAUCAAAGUUUUCAAACUUGAUCAACUUGGAGCACCAAAAAGCUUCAUAGCAGAGUGUGAGGCCUUGAGGAACACCCGCCAUCGCAAUCUCGUAAGGGUGAUCACCGCAUGCUCAACAUUUGAUCCGACAGGACAUGAGUUCAAAGCUCUUGUUCUUGAAUACAUGGUUAAUGGCAACCUAGAAUGUUGGCUGCAUCCAACAUCCUACAAGAAUCGUCCGAGGAAUCCAGUGAGGUUAUCUACAAGAAUAGAAAUAGCAUUGGACAUGGCUGCUGCUUUGGAUUAUCUCCAUAACCGUUGCAUGCCACCUAUUGUCCAUUGUGAUCUGAAGCCAAGCAAUGUCCUUCUGGAUAAUGCCAUGGGUGCACGUGUUAGCGACUUUGGAUUAGCUAAGUUCCUUCACAGCAAUAUUUCUUCGACAAGUGAUAGGUCUACAAGCUUACUGGGGCCAAGAGGGUCUAUUGGAUACAUUGCACCAGAAUAUGGCUUCGGGAGUAAAAUAUCAACAGAGGGUGAUGUUUACAGCUAUGGGGUUAUCAUCUUAGAAAUGUUGACAGGGAAGCGUCCAACAGAUGAGAUGUUUAAUGAUGGCUUGAACCUUCACCAAUUUGCCAAGGAGGCAUUUCCUCUGAAGAUUGGUCAAAUUCUAGAUCCGAGCAUCAUGCCAGAUUAUGAGAACGAAGACAAUGAUGCAAACAAUGAUCUAGACCAUGAUAAUUGUUUGAUGGAUGGAAUGCUGAACUGUGUCACGAAGCUGGUUAAGCUUGGCCUCUUGUGCUCUGCAGUGGCACCUAAAGAUCGGCCGACAAUGCAAAGCGUUUACAAGGAAGUCGCUGCAAUCAAAGAAGAAUUUUCAGCACUGCAUGGUUAAGCCAAAGGAUUAUUUCUUUUAUGUCGCACAUGCUACUAGUACAUUUUUCUUGUUUGAGCUUGUGAUAUGUCAUUUUCUCCUCUUCAGUCUUACUAGUGAAUAUUUAUGUGUGUAAUAAUGUCUGAUAACUAUGCCAGUUUGUAACAAAUAAUUAAAAUUCAGUAUUGAGCUCUUCUAUC